UGGUUGUGGAGUAUGAGUCUGAUGCCUUCUCUGUUGAGUACGAGGUUGAGUCCAGUUCAGAGCAUGAGCAACAGCCGCCGUCCCAGGAUGCUCAGGGGUCAGGGACUUCCAGAGAUCGAGGAUGUUCUGAGUCAGACGUCAGCUCUUCUACGUCGGGAACUCUCCGUUGCUCUCAUACGCAUCAUGUAUCGGAAACCGAAGCGGACAUGCAGACACCACUCGAGGAAAUGUUCGUUGUGAUCGUGGAAAGUCGUGUGAAAAUGAAUGGAUCGUGCACCAUGAAGGCCAUCCUGGUAGUGUGUAAGGAGAGUGAUGUGGAGUACCUGGCAGACUACAGUGACUCUGACUUUGGCAGCGACGCAGAACUCUCCGAUGCUGAUAAGUGGUUCUGCAAACAUUGCAGCAUCAAGAACCCUCCGUUCCAGCGGAACUGUGCCGGGUGCUGGAGCGUCCGGCCGGACUGGCUGCCAGUCAAAGGGAAAGUGACGAGGUGCGAAGAAAAGACGGACGAGAGUUGUGCCUCAGCAUCAUGCGAUGCCGUCUUGAGUCAGGAGAGUGGUCUAGGGUCUAGCAAGUCCACCAUGGAAGCUGAUCAAGAUAACGACCUUAAAUCGGCGGUAUCUAAUGUGGCCACACCUGUGAAAGACUCUGUUGUGUCACCCGUGAAGAAAAGAAAAUAUUCCUCUUGUCUUGAAACUUCUGACUCUCAAGAAGACAAAAAGCGGCCUCUUUCACGUCCAAAGCUUGAGGGAAAAGAAGCGUGCUCUAGAAAGAGUGAGAGCUCCACUGAUGAGCACGUCAAAGCCAAGGGGAAAAAGAAAGCUUCGAGUUCUCUUCCAAAUCCGGCAGAUCCCUGUGUGGUUUGUCUGUCUCGUUCCAAGAGUGCAAGCAUCAUCCACGGUAAGACGGGCCACCAAGUUUGCUGCUAUCGCUGUGCCAAGCGACUCAAAGAGCAGAGAAAGGCCUGCCCCAUAUGCCGUAGACCCAUUCAGAAAGUUGUCAGGAACUAUUAUUUGUGACAGCUGCAUUUUUUAGGGUUUUUCAAUUUUCAAAUUCAGUUACGAAGACGGGAAUCUCAGUAUCUCUCUUAUUACUGAUAUGUCAGUUUAUAAUAUGAGGGAUUACACCUUACCUUGCUUCAUUUGUAUAUAUACACACUUGUAACUAUUAAUUUUACCCACUCACAAUGAAAUGAACAAUACAAAAGUGCUGGUGUAUUGAUGCAUGGUGCAGAGAGAGCUGCUACUGGGAUAGGAGGUCCUGUAGGAACUGCCAUCUCAGGCAGGACACUUGCGUCUGUGGUGUAGCUGUUAGGCAUUUCACUGUCACACGUAGGAGACCCACUAGUUUGAUUCCCGAGUUGGGAGAAUUUUUGAGUAUCUCAGUCUUGCUAUGGGAAUGUUGUAUCCCUCUCAGACCUGGAUGGCCCUAACAAACAGGGUUGGAAGCCUGCGUCCUAAUUGAUCGAAAUUGUGUCGAUAGGGGCAUAAAAACACCUACAUUAAGAGAAAAAAAAUAGAAAUUUAGACAGGAAUAGUAAAAAUGGUGAGUCAUAGUGAAUCAUGAAAUGUCCCGUGGCAUCUUGGUUUCUAGAAAGUCUCAUUUAGGUUACAAACCGAGUUCCCCUGUACAAGUCAGUGGUGCUACAGGGUUGGAAAACCUGUUUAAUCUUAAUUGUUACUGUGUUUUUUUAAUGAUGGGUUUAGUCUAGUCUCCUGACAAAGCGUUUGUCAAUUAUAUAGCUUUGCACAGAAGGUCAAAUUCAGAACAAUGCAUCAGCACGAAUAUUUAAUUGUUUUUUAAAAUUUAAAUGCUGCCAAAACUCAGUACAUCUAUUUAUUUUCUUGUAAUUUAAAAAUUGUGAUGGCUUGGAUACAAUGCUUACAUGAGUAAGUUCAUACAUUUUUCUGGCAUGAAUUUGUUUAAUCAGCACUCAGCUACAGCAAAUACCGUUCUAAGUCAAAUACGCUCAUAUUAUUAUUUCAAAAUGCUGUUUCGUUUUUUGUUCUUGCGAUAGACAUGGGAAGGUUCUCGACACAUGGUCAAAAAGUGGUACCUGCCGCACCUGUUCACAAUGUCAACUUGAUUGAAAGGAAGCAUAUCGAAAUUACAGCUGAAUGUCUUAUAGAGUCAGUUACAGCGCCCUUUGAGUGCCUUGGUAUUACAAUUCAGCAAAAAUAAACAUAGCAUUUUCCCAAAAUGAUUGUUCUUUUCCUUAAAUUGUAGACUUUGACCUAUGCCAUUUAAAUUAGUAAUAUUUUCCAUUUAUCUGUAGAAAAAGUCAGAUUUUGUUCACAUUCUCCAUUUGUGAUGUCACAGUUGGGGGAAAGAGACACUCCAGCUUCUGGAGGAAAAAUGUUCCAAUGAUGUUACUGUUUACAUGUCUGGUAAAUAUCAGCAUUCCUGCAGAUUACGGAGUUUCUAGCCACCCUUUCUUCCCUGUUUCUCUGUUGUUUCAUUUUAUCAGGAACAGUUUGUGAGUCAUAUCAUCGUGCAUGGAUGAACUUUUCCAAAUAAUAUUUACUUAUGUGCAUUUAAAAAUAAUUGUCUUGGUCCUUUGUCUCUUUU